AUGGGCGGCGGCGUGAGAAACCUGGCGGGACAUUCCAAACGAUUCGUAGUCUCCUUGCAGGAAUAUCGCAAUGACUUAUACUCAAGACAUUCACUUCUGGCGGGAAAAUCGCAUCCGGUUUACCGAAAAGGGAGAGAAGUGGAGUUCGAAAUUGCCGCUGAAUUACAUAUGGGUCCCCGAGUGUUUAGUGCAGCCCUAUUCCCCUCUCAUGAUCUGGAAAUUCUAGAGCCAUUCAUGGGAGUGACCGGGGCCAUCACACUUGCUCACACCACAGUGAAUCAACGAUUCCUUGACCUUGGUGGAUUAUGUGCAAUUCCAGCACCAUCCGAUUUUUCGGUGGCUACCGCUGACCUUUCUCCGUCGAGCAGCCUGUUUGGGACUAGUGCAUGCUCACGUGAAGACGCCUCAAAAGGCAGUUUCAAGAGGGCUCGGUGUGUGAAUCAUCUUAUUCUCCGCUUCGACUCGUUGUCGUUACGGGCGGUAAGUCAUCGCGCAUACAUAGAAGAUGGCAGUUCCGUCUUUGGGACACGAAUCCAGGGUUCUAUAGAUGAUUGUAUUAAGGACCUUGUGGAUGACUUCAUGUCAGGGUUCUUAGACGCCACCUUCGAAGAUCCGUCUAGUCCUUGA